CAAAAGAAAGAUGGAUACAGAGCAGAGAGAAGGAAAGGGAUGUGCUUCUGACAUCACAGUUCAGGCCUGCGGAUCCAGCCAGGACCUGUUUCAGGAGCCAAUAAACCACGUCCUUUGCUUAACUACCUGCAAACCAAGUAGUCGUCUGCGCUUCGCCCCACCACCCCUCCAGGGGCUUUCCGAGAGACCCGGAUACUGGGGUUGGCCCACAACUGCACUAUGUUGGUGUCUGCCUCCCCACCUUCCAGAUCUAGGGAGGAAGCCGACACCAAGCCCCUGGUUCUGGGCCCACAAGGAGAGCUGCUUUGAGAUGCGCUGCAUGCCUUGGGCUGAUAGGGAGACGGCAUCCCCACCAAAGCUUCGGAGCAGGGUCACGGUGUCCCGGAGUGGCUGGGCCCUGUGUGUCUGGCUGAUGUGCUCGGUCUCAGAGAUGGACCCUGCCCGGAAUGCUGCACUCCUGACUGUGGGCAAUGCCAGCCCUGCUGAUGAGGGUACCUACUACUGUGCCAUAUGGUUUUCAGGCCAGUUUGUCUUUGGAGAAGGUACCCGACUACUCUCUCAAGAUAAGAUGCAACACCCGGCUCUCCGGCCACCUGAACUGAGUCUGUUCAUCCCAGCCUAUGGCCCUCCCUUCCAUGUACUUUGUGUGGCCCUAGGACAUGAGCCUGAACCUCUGAGGGUCUCCUGGGUCCUGGAAGGCAAAUACCAGGAGGAAGAGGACUCCACUGGGAGAACUGGGGAUCCCACGGUCAGCUGGCUGCAGCUGCCUCGGGAGGUGGCAGGAAUGUCCGUGACUUGCAGAGGCUUGCACCAGAGUGGAGUCUCAAGUUGCGCUGCCACUGCCCUGGGGCCAAGGGCACAGGAGAAGGCUGGAACUGGAGAAUGCAAACAAGAGUAGACACAUUCUUCUAGUGGAGCUGGAGCAGACCCUUAUCACCACCACCUACUGCUACCUGGGACUGCUGGGCGCAGCUCUCAUCUAUGGCCUCAUCCUGGCUGCUCUCCGGAGGAAUCGCUGCUGUUGGGCCCACCCUAUGGAGCCACUCCCCCUCGGGGCUCAAGGAGUGGCCCCCAGUUCCAGCGUGCAGGUGGGCAGGAGGCACACUCCUGCUGCAGUCCCAGAGCGCAAGUGGCUGAGCCCCAGCGGCUUCCAUGUUCUCUGAGGGGCUGCCCAUGCCGUGGACCCCCCCUCCUUGCUCCAGCUGGCUUCCUCCUAGUCUGCUGCCUUUCAUUACCUGUCAGGCCCCUUUCUCUCCCAGGCUGCCCAAAUUUCUCCAUAAAUACUGCGAAUUUGAGAAGA